CAUAAAAACUAGUCCUUUGCCAAGUCAUCAUUCAGUGCACAGCAACGAUGGCAUCGACUCCAAUGGAAGGCAAAUGGGUUCAGCUAAAACAGAAAGGAACUGGACCAGGAGCAAGAAGCUCUCACGCCAUAGCUCUUGUAGGAAACAAAGUCUACGCCUUCGGCGGCGAGUUCCAACCACGUGUCCCUGUUGACAACCAUCUCUACGUUUUCGACGUCAACACUUUAACAUGGUCAAUCCAAGAAGCUUCAGGGGAAGCUCCUCCUCCUAGAGUAGGUGUAGCCAUGGCUUCUGUAGGAUCCACCAUUUACUUCUUUGGUGGCCGUGACGAGAAUCACCAAGAGCUCAACGAGCUUUACUCUUUCAACACUGUGACCAACCAGUGGAAGCUCCUCUCUUCAGGGGAAACAGGUCCUGAAAACAGAAGCUACCACUCUAUUACUGCUGAUUCUCAGAACGUGUAUGUGUUUGGUGGGUGUGGAGUUGAUGGACGUCUCAAGGAUCUUUGGGCGUACAAUGUUGUUGAUGAGAAAUGGAUUAAGUUCCCAUCUCCAGGAGAGGGUUGUAAAGGAAGAGGAGGUCCAGGGCUUGAGGUGGUUGAAGGGAAGAUAUGGGUUGUGUAUGGAUUCACAGGAGAUGAAGCAGAUGAUGUUCAUUGUUUCGACAUAGGUAAAGGAGAAUGGAAAGAAGUUGAGACAAAAGGGGAGAAACCUUCUGCGAGAAGUGUGUUUUCCACUGCUGUUGUUGGGAAACAGAUUGUGAUAUUUGGAGGAGAGGUUGAUCCUAGCGAUUUAGGGCAUAUGGGAGCAGGGUGUUUCACAGCUGAAGCUUAUGGGCUUGAUACAGAGACGUUGGAGUGGAGGAAAUGGGAAGAUGGGUUUGGAACAGAGGAGGAGCAUCCAGGGCCUAGAGGAUGGUGUGCGUUUGCAGCUGGGUCAAGGGAUGGUAAGGAAGGUUUGUUGGUUUAUGGAGGGAACUCUCCAAGUAAUGAUAGGCUUGAUGAUAUCUUCUUCUUCACUCCAAACUCUUACUAAUGUGAUUAGUAAACUAAGUGUGGUUUGGUUUUCUUGAUGAGUCCAAUGUUUGAUUCUGUGAGGUUUAAGCCAUGAGUCUGGUACUAAGUUGUUUCUGUUUGGUUGAAGGUUAUGUUUAUCUACACUUUUGUAAAUCUGAAUGAUCAUUGAAUAAUUAUAAAUAAGCAAUGUUCAAUCCUAUAAUUAGGGAG